AUGCUGCCCAGUCCGAACGAAGUCAAAACUGUGCUGGUGACAGGCGGAGCAGGUUAUUUGGCCCUGCACGUGGUUCGAGCCGCCUUGGCGGCCAAUCACAAAGUUCGCGCCACCGUGCGAGGAUUCGCGAACAGUGAUCGCGUCAAGCCCGUCGAGCAGGUCCUUCCGUCGUCGCGUUAUCCGAUCGAACUGUUCGAGACGGACCUUCUAUCGGACCGCGGCUGGGAGCAAGCAAUGCAAGGAGUCGAUUACGUCCUGCACGUUGCGUCACCGUUUCCAUCACUCGGCGAAGUCAGCGAUCCUUCGCAGCUCACAAGAACUUCUGUUGAGGGCACUUUGCGAGUUCUGGAAUUCGCAAAAAACUCCAAAAGCGUAAAACGUGUCGUCAUCACGAGCUCGGCGGGCGCGGUACACGGAAGCGCCCACGGAGACGAGUGCGUUCUCUACGACGAGGACAACUACGCCGAUUUUGAGGACCCGACCCUGUCGGCCUUCCACAGGAGCAAAGCGAUGGCGGAAGCGAGCGCGUGGAGUUUUUCCGAAACGGAACAGCUGGAGAUCUCUGUCCUCUGUCCCUCGUUGAUCCUCGGACCGACCCUGAGCGAGCAAUUGAGUUCCAGUGUCGAUAUCGUGCGCUCGAUGCUCGAGGGAAGCCCGUUCCUCGUGCCACCGAUCGCGUUCGCCAUUUGCGACGUUCGCGAUGUCGCAGAAGCGCAUCUUCGCGCCAUGGAAGCACCGGAAGCUGCGAAUAAACGCAUCAUUCUUAAUUCGUGCACACUUUGGCUGCACGACAUCGCUUCCGUGCUCAGCGAUCAUUUCGGCCCCCUCGGCUAUCGAGUUAAUCGCACCAAGAUGCCAUCUUACCUCAAACCUUUUCUCCCCGUGCUCGGUCAGCAGAUGAAAGAUCUCAAACCGAAAUUGAACAAAAUGUUCCGUUUCUCGAACGACCGGAUGAAGGACGUUCUGAACUUAUAGCCCAGAUCGUGUGUUGAUACGAUAGUGGACACGGCGCGCUCACUGGUGGAGCUGGAAGUCGUCCCGAGAACAAAACGCUGGAAUGAGCUCAUAGCUCUAUCUCAGCCUGAGAUUCAGCAGACCCUCCCAUCGCUACCGCGGUCGAAAGUAGACGAUGCGGACAUAAAAACCGGGGGAGAAGAAGAACACGACGGCGAACGGAGACCGGGAGAAGCCUGCGUCUCCACCGCCUCACGACAGAACCAGAGAGCGCAAUAA